GGUGUUCAUAAGAAUGGAAGCAGUGUUUCUUUGCCAGAUUCCUUAUUGCUGCAUCUCAUGAAUCUACAUAAUCCUGAGGCAGAGCCUAAAUUUAAGGAUGACAAACCUGUCACCACUGUAACAACAACAGAGUGAGGGCAAAAGCGAGUAAAGAUAAAGAAGUGUUUAAAUUGAUAUUCAACAAGGAACUCAUUUCAGUCCACAACGUCUGCUGCAUAAUUUUUCCAAGAUGAACCGAUACACGACCAUGAGACAGUUGGGGGACGGCACCUACGGGAGUGUGCUGAUGGGCAAGAGUAACGAGUCUGGGGAGCUGGUGGCCAUCAAGAGGAUGAAGAGAAAGUUCUAUUCUUGGGACGAAUGUAUGAACUUGAGAGAAGUGAAGUCUCUGAAGAAACUUAAUCAUGCCAAUGUGAUUAAACUGAAAGAAGUUAUCAGAGAAAAUGACCAUCUUUAUUUUAUAUUUGAAUAUAUGAAAGAAAACCUCUAUCAAUUAAUGAAAGACAGAAACAAAUUGUUCCCUGAGUCAGUCAUCAGAAAUAUUAUGUAUCAGAUAUUGCAAGGGCUGGCGUUUAUCCAUAAACAUGGCUUUUUCCAUAGGGACAUGAAACCAGAAAACUUGCUUUGCAUGGGCCCAGAACUUGUGAAAAUUGCUGAUUUUGGACUUGCAAGAGAAUUGAGGUCACAGCCACCAUAUACUGAUUAUGUAUCUACCAGAUGGUACCGUGCUCCUGAAGUUUUACUAAGAUCGUCAGUGUACAGUUCUCCCAUUGACGUGUGGGCUGUGGGAAGCAUCAUGGCCGAACUCUAUACCCUAAGACCUCUGUUCCCAGGGACAAGUGAAAUUGAUGAAAUCUUCAAAAUCUGCCAAGUUUUAGGGACUCCCAAGAAAAGUGACUGGCCAGAAGGAUACCAGCUUGCAUCCUCUAUGAAUUUCCGCUUUCCUCAGUGUGUUCCUAUAAACUUAAAAACCCUUAUUCCCAAUGCCAGUAAUGAAGCCAUUCAGCUAAUGACUGAAAUGUUGAAUUGGGAUCCAAAGAAACGACCAACAGCAAGCCAGGCAUUGAAACACCCAUAUUUUCAAGUGGGACAGGUGUUAGGCCCUUCCUCACAUCUUCUGGAAUCAAAACAGACUUUAAAUAAGCAGCUGCAGUCAUUAGAAUGCAAGCCAGCUCCUGUUGACCUAGACCCCAAGCCUCUGCCAGACGUAACCGACCAGACUGUCGGACAGCCCCAGCCAAAGCACAGCCACCUACCACUGCAGUCCAUUCAGCCGCCACAGGACGGGGACCUCCAGCAGCCACCAAAGCAACAGAGUCAACCGAGACCGCCACAAACACUGUUUCCUAGCAUCGUCAAAAACCUGCCAACUAAGCCAAAUGGUCCACUGGYUCAUAAAAGUGCUAGAAGACGUUGGGGUCAGACUAUCCUCAAGGCUGGAGACAGCUGGGAAGAGUUUGAGGACUGUGAUUUUGGAGCCUCCCAUUCCAAGAAGCCAAGCAUGGGUGUUUUCAAAGAAAAGAAGAAAAAAGAUUCUCCACUUCGGCUCUCAGAGGCAGUACCCUCAGGCUUCCACCACUCCACAGAGGAAAACAAGAGCUUACCGGCUGCCGUUCACCUAAAGUCUGAUUCCCAGCUGUCAUCCGCGUCAGUGGCUAAACAGUACUACUUGAAACAAUCAAGAUACCUUCCAGGUGUGAAUCCCAAGCAUGUAUCCUUCGUAGCUAGUGGAAAGAAUAUAAACCCAUAUGCUUGGAAUAAUCAGCUAUUUCCUAAGUCUCUGGGACCCAUUGGCAGUGAAUUUGCUUUCAAAAGGAGUAAUGCAGAAGAAAGCAUAAUUAAACCAAUUGAAAAACUAUCAUGCAAUGAAAGUUUUCCUGAAAAAUUAGAGGAGCCACAAGGAAAUCUUGGAAGUUACAGUACUUACAAUCCUUCCUUUCUCAAAAAAGAAGUGGGGUCGGCUGGCCAGAGGAUCCACUUAGCACCUCUUGGUGCCACAGCCUCAGAAUAUGCUUGGAACACAAAAACUGGCCGGGGGCCAUUUUCAGGACCUACCUACAAUCCUACAGCAAAAAAUCUAAAUAUCUUGAAUCGUGCACAGCCAGUCCCUUCAGUGCAUGGGAGGACAGACUGGGUGGCCAAGUACGGAGGCCACCGGUAGGACCUCUGGUGGGAACCCUUAGCAUUGCUCCACAGAGUAUGUGCAAGUCCCUGACCUUGGGAAAUGUCUACAGAUGUCUAUUUCUACUGAGAUCUGGAAGAAAUAUGCAAUAGUGGGUACUUCAAAAAGCAAAAAUCAUCUCCUAUUUUCUUUCCUGGAAACGAAAUGCAUUUUCUUAGCAUCGUUGCCCACAGUGCUGAUGUGUGGGUAGGACUUUACAAAGUAUUGAAUAAACUAUUUGCCAAAGUAUCAAGUAUUUGAUCUACAAAUUAACAGAUAGUAAGUACAAUAAGAAGCUUCUUUUUUAAAAAUGCCUCCAGAAAAUAAGUGUUUCAAGUGUUGAUUUUCCUUUGUUGUAUAUUGGCCUYGCAAUGUGAUAUCACUUUGCAGUGAUUCAGCUGAGAGGUUUUUUGUUUUGUUUUUUCCUGGUGGUGAGGCAGACUGCUGUGAGCUGUGAGUUCUGGGUCUUGCUUGGCUACUGCUCUGCUCUCCCACUUUGGCAAUGGCAGGACUGUAAAAUUUUUAUUCUACUUUGACACUAUGAGCUCAAUGGCAAUUCCAAUCUUGAGCAGUAU